GAAGUCAACCCUAAAGUGAAGGUCUUCUAUAGCCACUUGACCUACCACUGUUUACGAUUACAAGAAGCUCUUACUAGAGCGCGACAAGAUGCAUCAUGCCUCAAUAACGAUUGUCUCGACCGAGCGAUCUCUCAUUUUGGGGUAUUGAUACCAGAAAGCGGCUUAGAUGAGUUUCCGGCCUUUUCCGUGACUCUUGAGUUUCGACUUAAAAUGUUGAGCCUUUGGUGGAACGAGACUUGCCGACGAACAGAUGACGCGAAGCUAGACUUCGUAAGUCGUUGGUUGAGACAAGACAUCACAGAAGAAGAGAGAUUGGAAGUGGAUGAAGCACUGGAGACGUGCGCUGAUGACCUGGAUAAGCAGCUCCCCGAAAUAUCAGUCCAGAAGAAAUCCAAUGAUUUCCCGACUCUGCACGAUGGUGAACCACCCUUUGCAGUUUGGAAAGUCGCAAAAUCCAUCUUCGAUACACUUUUAUAGUGCAAAAGUUGCUCGUGUCCUUCAGAACACGAGUUCAAAGCCAAGCUUGAGUUAGGGACGUAUCGAUCGCGUGAGAAGAAGCCAGUCCUGAAACCUAGUCGAAGGCCGAAUCGGAAACACGAUGGAGACAGUGACAUGGGCGGUUUUGAGAUGGAUAUGUUUCUAUGUAUGGAGCAUGAUUGGCACGAGUUCCGAAUUCAGGCUGCGGAAGAAACAAUUGUCCGCUUUAGUGGCCAUGAAGAGGCUAGUUCAUGCCCAGAAAGGAAGACUCGGAGUAGCAAAAGGAUCGAGAGGCUUUGCAAGCCAAUCAUAGAGAUCCGAACAAGACCCUUGCAGCGUCUUCUUGUACGAUUGAAGAGCGGCCACCUAUUCGAAGUGCGGCCCGAAAAGAGCAACUUCCAGAUUGACAAGACCACGGAGCCUAUAUCUCUUUCCGGAUGCUUUGACGAGAGGAAGGACUUCUUUACCGAGAAGACUAAGAGAAUUCUUUCGCUUAUCAUAGGCUAUACCGUACUACAUCUCUACGGCACGUCAUGGCUACAGCCUGGUUGGGGCUCGUCAAACAUCAAGCUCUUCCAAACGACAGCCUGCAAAACACCUCUCAGACCAUUUGUUGAAGCCCAGCUGCGCAAGACAGAUGACCCCGGGGAUUACGAAGGUGAAUGGACCCAAGAAUUCGACUCUGGGCAUAGCUGCCCCGAAAUGGUUGCUUUGGCGGUGGUGUUGAUGGAGAUCUACUUCGUGAAACCUUUUAGACAGCUCGCAAAGAUGCACAAUAUCCCUCUCAUCGAUACUAGAAGUGGUCGGAUUACCCUGAUGGACGUGGACCAGGUAUUCUGGGGUGAUGAAGAGGGGGAAGAAGGCUGGCGAACCCAGAUCCCGGAGGACUCCCCUUUGCUGGAAGCUAUCGACAAUUGUCUUGAUGGAGAGAUAUGGGAGGACAAUGAAGGGGAUCGUUUAGAUGUUGAGGAACUCAGAACUCGGAUAUACGAAAAGGUUGUUAGGCCGCUAGAGCUUCAUCUGAGACACGGUUUCAGUCAGAUCCAACUUGAUGGAGUCGACCAAUAUGCAAAGAGUCUGGACUUUGGGAAAUGGGGCCAGGUAAUUACGACGAAAGAGACAGACCAAUCACUCCCUUUGUCCGCAGGGCAAACCACGAGCCGCGUUCCAUCUCCAGCCGUGCUUCUAGCACAAGGCCAGUUUGACAUCAACGCGAUGUUCUCUCGAUCAUUCCAGCAAGUCUGGCAUUUGCAGGCCCAAGCACCCUCUUCACUAUUCCAUCUUGGCUAUGCGCUAAGUGACGAUAACCUAAGCGAGAUGUCUCAAUUCUUUGAUGACCAUGUCAAUGAUAGGGAUAAAUCCGUGGCUGAGGCUGAAACUGAGAAGUACAGAACUUGGCGAUCGGAGUAUGAAGAUGUCUACAAGACAUUUGUAGGGGACUAUAUUGAUCAAAAGCCAACACAACCUGUCAAAAUCGCCAUUCUCGAUACAUGUAUCGACAGAGAUCAUCCUUUCUUGGAACUAUAUGAGGAUAACAUGAAGGGGAAGAAGAACUUUCACAAUGCUUCUCAGAAGAAUGUGCCGGAUACGAAUGGGCACGGGACAUUCGCAGCGAACCUGAUUCUAGAUUACGCAAGAGACGCGCAUUUGUAUAUUAUCAAGAUCGCGGACAAGAAGAAUGCUACACCUGAUGCCGCUAUUGUGGCAAACGCGAUAUACCAUGCCGUCGACAAAUGGGCAGUAGACAUCAUCUCCAUGUCUUUCGGCUGGCCCUCCCCCGAUAUGGUUGGUCACGACGCCCUCGAAGACGCCAUCGACCAUGCAUACUCUAAGAAGGUACUAAUGUUCGCUACUGCGUCCAAUAGCGGCGCUCGGUUGGGCAGAGCAUACCCAGCGAGCAACCCGCAUGUCAUAUGUGUACACUCCACAGACACGAAUGGUGAAGCCUCCGGCUUCAGUCCAACAGCGGAACCUAACUCUAUCAACCUCGCAACAGUUGGCGAGUCCGUCGAGUCAGCAUGGCCAACACUUCUGAGUCAAGACUCAAGGUGCCUGCAAUCUCGAUCGGGAACGUCAUAUGCCACCCCGAUCAUGGUAGGUAUUGCAGCAUUCCUCUUACAAUAUGCAAGCCUCCAUCUUCCUCAGAAGCAGACACUGGCUUUGAAGAGGAGAGAGAAAAUGGAGGCUUUGUUGAGGAGAUGCGCGAUUAGAGGACCAAACUAUAAACCACGGGAUGACUACUUUUAUGUCCAUCUUAGUUUGCACAAGCAUAAUCUGUUUGGAGGGGAGCUGAUUGGGUGAACUAUGAGAUUUCAAGAGCGCUGAGAACAUGACAGUAUAGCAAUACAUGAUAUCAUUUGACCUGCAAACUUUUGACCGUAGCUUUUGUAGUACUAUCACCCAUCAUCUGAGUCCUCGUCCUUUGGAAUGGCACAGAGAACCUCCUCGUCCCCCUCCAUUAACGUCUUCUCCUCAAACCCUUCAUCCUGGGCGCUGGGUUCUUCAACCGCAGUGAUCUUGAGGCCGGUUUGUUUGCGCUUCACAUCUUGAAGAUCAAGGUUAGCUCCUUUGGUAUACUGAUCUUCGCUCUUAACCUUGCCAGUCUUCUUCACUCGGACCUUGCUAACACGAAAGGCAAAGACAAAGUUACCUCCCUCCCACUUGGUGCCUUGACUUGUACCAGCCUUUCCCCCAAUGCCAGGGCCACCGCCAAUAGGUACAGUACCACCACUCAAGAUUGUGCCAUCGACUUCCACAGAAAAGUUUCCACCGACAGUGCGCGACUCGAGCGUAGUAGCGGAAGCCCCGGUAACAGAUUUCAGUCCAGUGAUGAUGUAAAGUGGUUUAGAAGAGCCAGAUCGCUCUAGCCAUUCGCGAACAUCCCUAGAUUCGACACAAUUCUGGAGAUAUUCUGACGUUGGAAUAAACUCA